GUCGGUUUUUGAGGGCAUCCACCGAGCCUCGCCCCGCCGAUCGCUUGCCAAUAAUCAUCCCUCCCUAUCGCCGAGGAGCAGCUAGACAACCAAUGACUCCGGUUGCUCGCUCACUUAUCUUCAGUCUAUAGAGUACAAAUUGUCUAGAUUUCACGAUUGAUGGGACUCUGAUGCCUGAUAUCUGUCCGCAUUGUGAACCAUGGAAAUUGCCUGAUCUAAACCCGAAACCCCGUUCCUUGUUCGAACAGGCACUAGUUUCCGCCAUCCAAUUUAUUCGGCAGCUGGUCGAUCCAACAACUCCCAAGACCCCGUACGACUGCAAACUUAUCGUCAUCUUAGCGAUCGAUCCACUAUGAGUUCGCUAGCACUGCAGAUGACGGGCAGA